GUUCGGAAUGCAUUCAGAAGAGCAGGAUUCUUACCUACCAGCUCCAACAAUUUCAAUGUCUUAUGGGGGAAACCUUUGAAGAUAGCAGAGUACAAAGAAUUGUGUGAAUAUCAGAAGGUGAAUCACUUCCCUGGCACAUACCUUCUAGGAAGAAAGGAUAAUCUUGCCCGCGUCUGCAACAAGUUCCGCCGAGUGUUUGGAUCGGACAGUUUCCAGUACCUGCCAAAGACUUUUGUGUUGCCAGGAGAAAGAACGGAGCUCCUGCAGGACUACGAGGAAUGGAAGGGAAAGUUGAAGAAGAACGACUGUGACAUAUCUUACAUCGUCAAACCUCCUGCGGGAUGCCGGGGUAUCGGGAUCCGACUGAUCUCGGACCCGAACACUCAGAUUAAGGAGAAGGCCGUGUGCGUUGUUUCUAGGUACAUCUCAGACCCGUUCUUGAUCAACGAAACCAAGUUCGAUCUGAGGAUCUAUGUUGCUAUCACAAGCUUCAAUCCUCUCCGUGUCUACGUGCAUGAGAACGGGUUGGCAAGGUUCUGUACAGUAAAAUACAGUCGCAAGACAAGGAAGAAUCGGUUCAGACAUCUGACCAACUACAGCCUCAACAAGCAGAAUCCAAACUUUGUCAAGAAUACGAAUGCAUCUGUUGACGACGAGGGCCACAAGUGGGGGCUGAAGGCUGUAUGGAAGUGGAUGCGAGAGAGGCAGAUGGAUGUCUCAACUGUCAUGGGGAAGAUCGACGAUCUGAUCUUGAAGACUUUGCUAUCGAUCGAGGUCCAGAUCAACACAAACAUGCAGCUUGCAGUCCCUUGUCGAAAUAACUGCUUUGAGUUGUUCGGUUUUGAUGUGAUGCUGGACUCGAAUCUACACCCAUGGUUGAUUGAGGUGAACACCGCACUGUCUCUGGCGUCCGAUUCCCCUCUUGACAAGUCGAUCAAGAAUCAGUUAGUCACGGAGGUGUUGAACAUGGUU